AUGGCCACAGCAGACACCACCACCACCACCACCACCACCACCACCACAACGAAAGAGCAGCAGACGUUGGCCACGCGCGCGCUGUUUGGAGGGCGGUUGCCCUGGGACGAACCGAGCAGCGAAGAUGAUGCGGCAGUUGCGCGCCUUCCGAAACUGCCCAAGCUCACCAUCGACGACGACGAUGAGCGCAAACACGACAGCAGCAGUCGCGGUGCCGCCACGACCACGGCCAGCAGUCAAGACUUGGCGCAGCUUGGUGAUGCGAACAGCAAUGGUGUUGUUGCGGACAGCGCCAUCUCCGCACCUCGCCGCCGUCGCAAGCGCAAGGGCGCACCGCGAGAAAAGCGCGCCAACCCAGAGCCCGCCUCAACUUACACCGUCGCGACAACAACGACCAGCAGCAGCAGUGGCAGGAGCAUACCUGCACCCGUCAAGAUGACGUGCAAUCUCCCUUCCUGUCGUCGCAGCCAGUGGAUCAUUGGCGAGGCUGACCUCAAGGCCAUUUCGCGCUCAAUGACUCGAGAGCGGGUGAAGGAUUACUACUGUUGGUACCAUCCGUCUCUGGACGUGCGCGCCUCAUGUAAGGGCGCCCUCGCCGACGUAAAGCGCUCUACUCCAGGGUGCCGGCGCAGCCUCUUCUGCUGGAAACUCCACAGGCACCCGGGCAGGUGCAGCGAAAGUCUGAAUCAGCGCAUUGUAGGCAUGUUUGCCAAGACCAAAGAGGAGCAAUUGAAGCUGUUGUCUCAAUACCUGCAAGUGAACAUCUCUUCGGAGUUUGACAAGGAGAACAUGACAUUCAACUUGAAGGAUGCAACACCUGACGCCAAGCCAAAGGCACAGCGACGGACCAGGAAGAAGACCCACAGCACACGAGCAAGGCGCGUGCGCCGCAAGCUUGACGUCAUCAGUUCACCCAACAGGCAAGGAGAGCAGCAACUGGAGCCUCAACCAAGGCCAGCAGUGUACUCCGCAAAAGAGGCAGCGGCCGCACUCAUGGGCAGCACCACCGAGUUUCGGAAUGGGACAGGCAACGCAAUUGCUUCCCCACCUACAACUGCAUCGACCAACGCAACGGCCAGCGCCCAUCUGCAAGCACGACCGAGAACGCCUAUGUCCCAGAUCCUGGAGCCCUCCAAUGUGCUGGGCUUGAGCACGCCGCCGCCCUUGCCGUCCUAUAGUAUGCAGUACCGCGGUACUCCCGGCAACUACACGCAUCUGCUCUCGUCCCAGUCCCCGCUUUCGCAGUCGUUUGCCGCCAGCACAAGCCUUGACACCUCCACCCUUCAAGUGCGUGGUAUGAUGUGUUUGUUCUUCGCACUUUGA